AUGUUGCGUGGUAUAUUUUAGUACAUAACGGUUUACCAUUCACACUAAUUAGGCAACAUUUGUUAUUGUGAGCAGCUGCACAAAAUAAAGAGAAAAUUAAACAAAAGGUUAAUAAAUAGAAGAAAAAUAAUAACAUUUCGACUCGUUCAAACGUCAAUCAUUGCGCACAUAAUAUUCACCCAGAGAGGAAGUCGGAUUUUCGUCUGAAUUUUUCUGCAGCUGCGCAACUUGGCAAAACAACAACAACUAUUGACACUGAAAAUCAUGGAGGGCGACUCGGAAAAUCGCAAGGAUCAAAUCCUCGAGCGCUUGAACAAACGAAACAAGGACCGGCAGAACUAUUUGGAUGUGAAAUCGGAGCUGCGUUCCAAGGAAACGGUGCAGAACGAGGGCGUUGACUACUUUUACCAGACUUUCAGCCAGAAAACCAUCGAUAUAGAGCAGCGAUUGAAGGAUGUGCAAUGCGGCGAUACCCAGCCAACCGAUUUGGCCCGGAAUUUCGCCGAUAUAACUGUGGAGAUCCAGGAUCUGCAGCGAUACCUCACCGCGUCCACCAUGUUUCUUCCCGAUUUCAAGAUAAAAUCCUGUCAGAAUAUUCUAAACACCCUGACUUCCGUGAGUGAUGAAACCCGCCAGCGCCUGAUGCCCAAGAAAAAAUUUGGGUUCAGCGGCAAAAAGACCGCCGCAAAGCAAAAAGUCGCCCCAAAUAAGGAUAUAGUCGAUGCGAAACUCAGUAAAGUCCCGGAAAAACUAGGCUCCAACUUCGCCUGGACCAUUGCCAACCGGACGAACGAGCACAUAGUCCUGGAUUCCGCUAAAGUAAAUGGCCAGGACAUCACAAUAUCGAAUUUAAACCACUGCUUGGUUGAACUGCAAGGGCAUCCUGGUUCUGUGCAAGUUUCCAGGGCCUCCAAAUGCACUCUGCUAUGCGGCCCUAUUGCACGAUCCUUCUUCGCCGAGAAUCUCGAGGAUUGCACCCUUUCCAUUGCCUGCCAGCAGUUGAGGUUGCACUCCUCCCGGACCAUUCGCAUAUACAUGCAUGUCACCUGUCGCGCCAUAAUCGAGGAUUGCAGGAAUAUUGAGAUCGGAGAGUACAACUACGAUUAUUCCGAACUGGAGGCGGAUUACCUAGCUUCUGGACUGAAUAAGGCUCAGAACAAUUACACGGAUGUGGCCGAUUUUAACUGGCUUUCGCCGGAUGUCCCCUCGCCGAACUGGAGCCUCCUCAAGGAUUAUCCCGACCCGAAUUGGAAUGCCCUAAGGCGGGACUUUAUUGCCAAUAACCACAACAGCGGACUUAAGCAGGAUGUCAAGGAUAUCUCCAUCAUUUAGUGGCGGCAUCGGCGGCUGCUCCUCGGUUGGCUAGCCUACGGCAUCAUCCUCGGUUGGCUGCUCUGGGAACUGCUGCUACGGCCCUCAAUUGGUGGGCCAAAAUCUAAUCCUCGAUCUGUGUAAAUAGCUAUAAGCGUGUUGAUUAAAUAACCAUUAUAUAAAAAACAAA